AUGCAACAAAGUUUUGAUAAAGCUCGUGAGAUGAGCGCAAAGAUCGUCAACGUACUGAUCAGCUCAGACAUACAUCGAGAGCCCGAAUCAGGUAUUGAGAGGCUAUAUCGUGAAUCUCUGCGCUUGAGUCGAUUCGAGCUACCUUCUUCGCGUACUGUUGGGUUAGUCGGCGACUCCGGCGUUGGCAAAAGCAGUCUGAUCAAUUCGUUACUCGACAAGGAAAACCUGGCUCGCUCUAACAACAAUGGUUCGGCAUGCACUUGCGUGGCUACAGAGUACCAUUACCACGAUCGUGAUGACUAUGCUGUGGAGGGGGAGAUAUUCUCAAUGGAAGAAUUGAAGAAACAAUAUGGGGAAAUGCUUCGAACAUACCAGGAAAGUAAAUCUCCACCAGAAGAUCUCCGAGGGGAAGAACUCGCAGAUUUGCAGCGUAGAGCGAAGAUAGCGAGAGACACAUUUGGAGCAAGCUUUAGGGAACGACUAGAGCAGAGACCUGACUUACUUGCCCUUCCAAUCAACCAGGCGGUGCAAACGAUGCUACAAUGGGCUUCACAGUUACUGCCCCAACAUAGUGCUGGCCAGACAACUCGAGUAUACGAGACCUACAGCGACAUUGCGAACUGUUCUUCGAGGAUUAGAGAGCUUACGUCAGAAGUUCAAACCCUGGAAACGCAAGGACCAAAGAUCCCUUGGCCUUUUGUGAGAAAGUUAAGGUACGUAUGGCCCUCCGGGAAGACAAGAUACAACAAUGUCAGAGAUUAUGAUCUUGUCUUGUGGCUAUAA